AUGGCCACGCCGGCCACCCCGCAGCCUUGCCGGCCCAAGUCGGUGGCUCGCCGCCGGCCGCCGCCGCGCCAACGGCCGCUGCAGGUGAAGAUAGUGGGGCUCUACAAAUGCUCCAGCUUCCAGGUGGCGAAGAUCGCGGCCGAGAAUCUGAAGAACAAUUAUCCAUCCAGAUUUGAAGAUCCAAUAAUGGUUCCUCUUCAAGAAUUUGCAUGGGCUGAAUAUCUACAAGAAAAAAAAAGGGAACUCAAGGGUGAAACCUGGGAAUAUUCUUCCCUUGUGAUGUGUUUUAUUAAUGAUCAACUACUGGGUGAUGCAUUUGAUCUGCAGAAUUGGGCCGAAAAGGUGUGGGAUUUAGUUGACGUUAGACCUCCUGCAUUGUAUGAGGCUCUUACUUUGAAUUAUAUUGAGAAAUUCUUAAAAGACACUAAGCAUGAUUUUGUGUUCUUGGAUAUUUGUAUUGGGACUUCACCAACUGGAAGACUGGUUUUUGAGCUCUACUGUGAUGUGUGUCCCAAAACAUGUGAAAACUUUCUGGUUUUAUGCACAGGAAAAGCAGGGUUUUCUGAAAGUGGCAUAAAACUACAUUACAAAGAUUCCAUUUUUCAUCGAAUUGUAUCAAAUGGUUGGAUACAAGGAGGAGAUAUAGUAGCUGGAAGAGGAGAUAAUGGAGAGUCUAUUUAUGGACCAACAUUUGAAGAUGAAAACUUUUCGGUUCCUCAUAAUAAACGAGGAGUGCUUGGAAUGGUCAACAAAGGCCAUCAUACCAAUGCGUCACAAUUCUAUAUCACACUUCAAUCCGCUCCCUAUCUGGAUAGGAAAUAUGUGGCUUUUGGGCAACUGGUUGAAGGAACAGAAGUUCUUAAACAACUAGAACUAGUUCCAACAGAGAAUGAAAGACCAAUAUCUAUAUGUAUGAUUACUGACAGUGGAGCUCUAAGUAGCUGAUUUUCCUAUCAAUAUUUUCUACAAUGACUUAUUGCUUUGCAUCUGAUCAAUUGUUUACAAUCUGAAUUAAACCAUACCUCUAAUUUGAAAGCU